AUAAAAAAGAAGAAGAUAUUGGUUAUUGUUUUUAUUUAUUGGUUAAUAAACUCCAAUAUUCGAAACUUUAUAUUUACCACAAAUUGUUACCAUUUCAUUAAAUACACUAUGGAAGAAGUUUCGAAUAUAAGACUAAAUGUUGGAAAAUUUACGAAGAUAUGUCGCAUCUGUCUAUCUGAAAGUCAUGUUAUUCCAUUAGAAAAUAAUUCUGUAGAUAUAUUGAAAACAAUUGUAAAUAUUCAGAUCGAUUUAAAUGACGGGUUACCACAACAAAUAUGUUUGACCUGUUCGGCUAAAUUAAAAGAUAUUUCAACAUUUGUGGAAUCUAUAAAAACUAAUGACGUUUAUCUUAAAAAAAUCAUUGAAUUAAGUAUAAAGCAAGACGCUUCAGAGAACUUUAAUUAUAAUACAUCAUACGAAUUCUGUGAAAACGAUUCUACUAUAGAAACUAAAUCUCUAAAGCUUAACAAUAAAAUAACUCAACAAGUUGAAUCAAAUGAAAAGAAUAAUCGUAGACUCAGAAAAACGGUGCUUCAUGAAUGUAAAAUGUGUCUCAAGAUGUUUAAACACUCUCCUAAUUUAAGAAGACACAUUAAUAUCGUUCAUAAAGGGAUUAAACCAUUUAAAUGCGAAGUAUGUAGUAAAGAGUUUGCUACGUUUUCGAGAAUAACUGAACAUAUCCGCAUUCAUACGGGGGAACGUCCCUACGUUUGUAAUUAUUGCGGAUCGAGUUUCAAAAAAUAUUCAACUUAUUACGCCCAUGAUAUGAGGCAUAAAAUAAAAAAUGGCGAACGUCCAAAGAACGAGAAAUCGCCGAAGAGUUAUCCGAGAAAACGUGAGGAAAAUCCGUCCGAAUUGAGUUGUGGAGUUUGCCUGAAGGUGUAUUCUUCCAAACAGGCUCUUAUGGUGCAUAUGCAGAUACAUUCUGGGGAGAAAACGUUCCUUUGUACGAUUUGUGGAAAGGAGUUUAUGAGGAAGGGUCAUUUGCAAGUACAUUCGAGGAUACACACAGGUGAAAAACCGUAUCGGUGCAACGAUUGCGGUAAAACUUUUCGCCAACCUGCCGCUCACAGAAAUCAUUUGUUGAUGCACAAAAACCAACGAUCUUAUAAGUGCGAUUUGUGCAAUAAAAGUUUCAUUCAGUCGGGUCAUCUUCAGAAUCAUUUGAAAACGCAUACCGGAGAAAAACCGUAUCGGUGCGAUUUUUGUGGUAAAGAGUUCGCUCAAAACGGUAAUCUGAGAGUUCAUACGAGAAUCCAUACAAACGAAAGACCCUACAAAUGUCCGAAUUGUUCGUUAGAAUUUUACGAUUCGAGUAGUUUGAAGAAACAUAAAAAAAUUCAUGAUUCCAUUAGCGGAAAAGAGUCUCAAUAACAACUGGAGGAAUGAAUCCGAAAAAAAUUUCAUAACAUCGAGUAUAUUCGAUUGAUUAGAAGAAAUGCAAAGUUUUGAUGGAUUUGAAGGGCUAGUUAAACUUUCUGUAUGAUUUAAAUCAAGGGGUUUGUUCCUUCAAACUAAAAU